AUGUCUGGAUUUGCUGAAUAUAAAAGUUUUUUCCCCAUCGACAGUAUUCAAAAAGUAUGUGAUUUCUUUGAAGAGCAAUUGCGCAGUAAUAAAGAUCCAGAUUUGGCUUUGUUUUCUAUCAUAGUGGGAGCAGUGGAAAACAACUUAACUAACAUAAAAAAUAGCGACAAAGAUGUUAAUCUUGCUUCAAAUAGAUUUGUUAAAAUGAAGUUUCCUUCAGUGGAAUGGGAAGAAGUGAAAUCCCUUUAUGAUCGAUUCGUUGCUCUGAUGCGAAGUGGCGUCGACAAUAAAUUGCUAGCCGGCGAGUAUGCUACACGAGAUUUAGUGAAGAGGGUAGCUGAUGUCGUUUGGAAUUCGUUGACUAGAAGUUAUUACAAGGACCGGGCCCACUUACAGUCAAUUUAUAGUUUUUUGACGGGAAAUAAGUUGGAUUGCUUUGGUGUUGCUUUCGCUGUAACCGCUGGAUGUCAGGUAUUAGGAAAACAAGACGUUCAUCUCGCGUUAUCAGAGGACCAUGCAUGGGUAGUGUUUGGAAAAGAUGGCACAAAUACAGCAGAGGUGACAUGGCAUGGCAAAGGUAAUGAAGAUAAACGAGGCAGAUCUGUAGGCGAGGGAGUGCUGGCCAGGUCUUGGCUUUAUGUGGCUGGAAAGCCUGUUGUGUGUACACGAGUAAUGGAACUAGCUGCCUUGGUCUCAUCAAUUAAUCCCACUUUAACACCAACAAUCGAUGUCCAUGAAGUGGCACAGAUGCAGCAUAAACUUCUAUGGUUGUUGUAUGAUAAAGGUCAUUUAGAUGCUUAUCCAAUGGCUUUGGGUAAUCUUGGUGAUCUGGAUGAGUAUAUGAAAAUUUCAAAUUGUCCCGAGGAGGACGAAAAUUCUGUGCCUCAAGAGGAAGCUGGGAAUACCAAUUCUGAUACCACACCUCGGCCAGAUUCAGCCGCCUUGUAUGUUCAAGCAAUAAGAUCUUCGAGAACCCAUUAUGAAGACAGGCAUGUGUAUCCGUAUACAUUCCAAGGAGGCUAUUAUCACCGACAUAAGAUGUACAAAGAGGCAUUUAAUGCAUGGGCAUGUGCUGGAGAUGUUAUCAGGCACUAUAACUAUUCUAGAGAUGAUGAGGAAAUAUACAAGGAGUUUUCUGAAAUUGCAAAUGAAUUAAUACCGCAGUUGAUGAAAGCUGAGAGUUCAGGACAUUCGGCUAGAUCCAUUCUUAAAGAUCCUGAAUGUUUUGCUUCCUUGUUAAGGUUUUACGAUGGAAUCUGUAAAUGGGAGGAAGGAAGUCAGACACCAAUUUUGCACAUAGGAUGGGCAAAACCCCUAGUCAGCACCAUAUCAAAAUUCGAUGCAGAGGUAAGAGCACAAGUUAAUAUAAUCUGUAGUCCAGAUGGCAAUGAAACCAUAGAUGCACCGCCGAAAACUGAAAACUCCGAGGAAAACGAUAACAAAGUGAAAGAUAAUGAUAGAUGGAAUAAUAAUUCCGAAAAUACAGAGAUGACAGUCCGGGAACAAUUGACAGCAGCUGUCAACAGUCGUCCUCGUGUCACUCUAUACAGCCAUAAAAUGGCGGCUCUGAAACCGUUACUUUUGGCUGAACGCUUGAAUACCCAUGCCUUACAGUUGCAAUUGACAGCACAGAGUCAAUUACAAAGACCACAGGCUCCCGCCAAAAGGCGUGAUGAUGAUGAAGUUACUCCUUCAGCACCCACCGCAAGAGCUAAACGCGCCCGCCGAGAACGUUAA